GACACGUCAUCGCUUCACUUUGUCAUUGCACGCGACGAACUUGGCAAGCAGGCCGAGUCGAGCAGAUGGCGGCUACGCCUGCGAAGAAGCGGAUAGCUUACUAUCAUGACGACGAUAUUGGGGCCUAUUCGUACACCUAUGUGCACCCAAUGAAGCCGCACAGGAUACGAAUGGCCCACAACCUCAUCGUCAAUUACGGACUCGACAAGAAGAUGGACGUACUCAGACCGGAAAGAGCGUCGCCGCACAGUAUGACUGCUUUCCACACGGACGAGUACAUCAACUUUCUCACUACAGUCACCUCUGACACGCUCGAGGAGCUCACCGGUCACGGAACACGCUUCCUCAUAGGGGAGGACUGUCCUGCAUUUGAUGGUCUCUUCGAGUUCUGCUCAAUCUCUGCCGGCGGCAGCAUCAGUUCAGCCAGACGACUCAACGAUGGCCAGGCAGACAUCGCCAUCAAUUGGGCAGGCGGAUUGCAUCACGCAAAGAAACGCGAGGCUUCUGGAUUCUGUUACGUCAACGACAUCGUUCUUGCCAUCCUUGAGCUACUUAGGUUCCACGCGCGAGUGCUCUACAUCGAUAUCGACAUCCACCACGGGGAUGGCGUGGAGGAGGCCUUUUACACGACCGAUAGGGUCAUGACGUGCAGCUUUCACAAAUUUGGUGACUACUUCCCGGGCACGGGCGCCCUGGGUGAUCAGGGAAUAGGCAAGGGCAAAGGCUACGCGAUCAAUGUUCCUCUACGCGACGGCAUAGAGGACGAGUCGUAUCAUAGCAUGUUCAAACCCAUUAUACAGCAUCUCAUGGACUGGUAUCGACCAGGUGCAGUGAUUUUGCAGUGCGGCGCAGAUUCACUGGCAGAAGACAAGCUCGGUUGCUUCAACCUAUCCAUGCGCGGCCACGCGGAAUGCGUACAGUUCAUGAAGACCUUUGACGUACCGCUCAUCGUCCUCGGUGGAGGCGGCUAUACCAUCCGAAAUGUGGCCCGGACGUGGGCGUACGAGACGGGCAUCCUGGCCGGCGUAGACAUGAACGAGGAUUUGCCAUUCAAUGACUAUAUCGAGUACUACGGCCCUGCGUUCAAGCUAGACGUACCGAACAACAAUAUGGACAAUCUCAAUAGCCCGCAAUAUCUAGAAUCUAUCAAAGUGACCAUCAUGGAGACGCUCAAGCAGAUGCCGUUUGCCCCCUCGGCGCCCAACAUGCCCGUUCCUCGUGAAGUGCGCCUAGAAGAAGAUCUCGACUCCGAUCUCGAGCUUGACACGCGGAUAUCACAGAAAACAAGAGAUGCGUUCACAGAGCGCUACGGCGAUACGCUCUCAGAUGACGAAGACGACAUGCCCUUCUUAUCACCGCCACCUAAAGUGCAAAGGCUCAACGGCAACGGACAUAGACAUGGCCGAGGCAGAAGGAAAAAGGUCGUUCCUCAGAACGGGUUCGAGGAGGACACGACGGCAGAGAGUGACUCUGAUCGACCGAGUAAAGAGCCCAUUAAGCCUAAGCGGACCUUCUUUGCCGCCAAUGGACCUCGGCCUGAUCUGCUCACUGCCAUCAGAAGUGGCGCUCUUGCGCCCAGAGCGAACGGUCAGUAAGGGUGUAGAGCGUCUGUGGAUGUGUAUUGUAUCGCAUUACAGUCCUGCAAGGGAGUACAACAACCAAGUCUAUGAGUG